UUUAACUUUUUAUUAAAUAACAAAAUAAUGUUCUCUUUAAAACAUCUUAUUUACUUAGCUGUUUUGCUAGUUAGCUUAGAAAUGAUCAGUUCCUCUCCAGUCGUUAACUCCGAUUGUCCACAAUAUUGUACAUAUGAAUAUAAUCCACAGUGUGUUACGCUAAACGAUGGAACUACAUUGGAGUUUAGCAAUAAAUGUUUACUUAAUGUAGAAGCUUGUAAGAGGUAUAUUGGUGUAAAAAGUGUUUCAGCUGGACAUUGUCGCCAAUUAAUGUAUAAAUAAAAUAAAGGUGCCCAGUAUAAACUUACGUGGAAAAGUAAUAAUUUAAAAAGCCAAUAAAACCUCUUUUCACAGCUUCUUCAUUA